AUGUCCAAAUUCGACGACCUUCUGAAGCAGCUCGGGACGGGAGUGUGGAAUGUGUUCGUGGUCGUCGCCAUGUGCUACUGUGAGUACCGGUCUGACACCUUCAGGUUAAAUGGGGUACCGCAGGUAACCUGCCCGGACAUAGGAGCCGCUUUCUUGACGCCCGACCUGGCCCACACCUGUAGGCUGCCACCCGACGCGGCCACGGCAGCGAGCAACGACACCAGGUCGCAGUGCAGCUACAACGCCACGACCUCCAGCGGGAGCACCGAGGAACGUCCCUGCCUCCAGUGGGACUUCGACAACUCCACUUUCACUAAUACCAUCACGUCCGAGGGGACUUCCCGCAUGCGUGACCCUCUCGGCCGUUGUUCAGCCUGGUGUGCGACCGGAGCUACCUGCGGGCGGCCUUCAAGCGUGUACUACUUGGCGGGCUUCUUUGCUCAACGGCUGCUCUCCGACAGGUGCUGGCCGCAGCCGCUGGCCGAAUGCGUGUCGACGAGUGUUGCAUGUCAGAGAAGGUUGCAAGAUGACUCAUUCGAUGCUCAUCUUAUUGUCAUCGUCUUUUCUACUUUUUUAGGGAAACAGGUUAGAUUUGGUCGUAAAACAAUGCUAAGUGUAGGAAGUGGGAUUUUCACUCUUACGUCGAACAUACUUCCAUGGUUGCCGAGUAUCAACACCAUGUUGUUUAUCCGCUUUGUUAUGGGCAUGAUGCAACCGACGUCCAUCCAUGCUGGCUACACACUUGUCAUGGAGGUCAACGAACCCAAGUAUAGGGCGGCCGCAGGCAUCUCCAUGUUCCUCCCGGUGGCCCUGACCGUCAUCGCCCUGGGAGGCUACGGUUACCUCCUGCGGGACUGGCGCUGGUUCGGCGUCACGACCUCCCUGCCCUGCCUGCUCUUCCUGCCGAUGCUCCUGUUUCUGGACGAAUCGCCACGCUGGCUGAUCGUGCGCGGGCGCUACGACGAUGCGCUGCGCAUCCUCCGCAAAGCUGCGCGCUGGAACAAGGCUCAGCUGCCGUCCGAGGAGGAGCUGCGCGCCCUCAUGGACCUCAUCAGGAAGGAGGCACUGACUGCGACCACAGAAGGCGACGCGCCCCCCUCAGGGUUUGUCACAUCCUUGAGGAAUAUAGUGGACAGCAUUAUUGUGCUUGUAAGAACGAGGAGAAUGCGCAGUAUUACGCUGUCGUUCUAUGCCCAGUUCUUCGUGCUGGGAAUGGUCUACUACGGCCUCUCGUUCGGCGCCGACAAGCUGGGCGUGGAUCCGUUCGUGUACAUGGCGGUCAGCGGGGUGAUGGAGGUCCCCAGUAGCACGCUGACCAUUCCUCUCGUAGAGAAGAUGGGCAGGAGAGCCUCGAGCACGCUUUUCUUCGUGGUCACCGCCGGCUCGCUCUUGGUGCUCGGCUUCAUCCCAGAUGCUUUGGAGUGGCUGGUGAUUACAAUGGUCAUGCUAGGUCGGUUGGCCGCCACGGUAGCCUUCCAGGUCGUGUACCUCUAUGCCAGCGAACUCUUCCCGACCGAGGUGCGCGCCCGUGGGUUCGGGACUUGCAUGAUGCAGUCAAUGGUCGGCGCCAUGCUAGCUCCCGUCAUUUUGGAAAUGCUGGUGAGUGCAGAGGAGCAGAGUAAUGUACUGGGAGACUUGCAUGCGCUGACGGAUUCAACUCUGAAGGUCCUGAGAGUUGCCAGGCAACAUCAAUAUGUUUCUAUAUAUUAA